AAAACUGAGCCCAUUAGUGCAUUUUAGGGCAGGUUUAUAUACAGCAGUGGACGAAUGUGGACUGAUUAAAAUUAUUUCAUUUGAAUGAUAUUCUUAUGAACCGAUACCACCAUGCCGAUGUUCAAAUUAUUAAAUUGCUGGAUCAAGUAAGCUCUAGUUUUGAAGAGUGCAAUAUAACCAAUAUAUGGGAGAGCGUAUGGCCCACAACACAACUAAUAAAUGACAUUCAAGGAGCAUGUGCUUAAAAACUGAGCCCAUUAGUGCAUUUUAGGGCAGGUUUAUAUACAGCAGUGGACGAAUAUGGACUGAUUAAAAUUAUUUCAUUUGAAUGAUAUUGUUAUGAACCGAUACGACUAUGCCGAUGUUCAAAUCGCUCAAGUAAAUGCUAUUUUUUGUAAGAAAUUACGAACGCAACACGUGUUCACGAACGAUUUAUAAAUCAAAGAUUGUGACAUUGUCAAAAUACCAGCAAAAUUACAGAUAGUAGGGCGACUUAUAGAUAGCUACCAUAUCUUGCCAAACCCUAUCGCAAAGCAGUUAUGCGCUCAGGUUAGAACGUGCACAAUACAACAAAUGGCGAAUUAGACAUUUCAACAGAUUUCGAUCUUACGCCCCAAGGUGAUGGCAUUCACGUUAUAAUUUCUAUGGUUUCCGGUAAUCACUUAACACCAUAUGAGCCGUGAUUAAUUUAUAGAAAAAACUAUACGCUAUGAAACAAAAAAAACUUCAAAGUUAUCAAGAAUAAUCCAAAAUUUAUGAUUUCAUUAAAUUCAAAACUUAAUUUAUUCAAAACAAUUAUUGUAAAAAACGAGUCGACAACAUUAUUUGAAUUAGAUCAUAACUGAAACAAAUAAAAGAGGAACCCUGCUGUGUUCUUCCCGUGUACAAAAAGGGUUAACUGGAUCGUUCCCACGAUCAAAUAGGGUUCCCAGGAAUGAAGACCAGAAUUGACAUUCUUCAACAACUGGAUAUAAGUGUGGGCGAUUGCUAAGAUUUCGCAGUCUAUUUAGAUACACGUCAAUGUAGAACGGUGACAAUUAUGGUUAAGAAUAGUUGGCUGCUCACCAUAUUGUCAUUUAUGGCACUCGUCUUUUUUUUGCAAGCCAGUUCCAAUGAAAAACAACUUAAAAGAUUCGUGAUCAAUAAUAAUGGCUUUGGGACUUAUAGUUUCGAAUACGAAACAUCGGAAGGAUCGUUCAGGAAAGAAGAAGGCGGACUCUUGGGUAAUUCUGGGGGCUCUCUCGUUGUCCGAGGUGAAUACGGAUAUAUAGAUCCAAGUGGACACAGACAUGCCAUUAAAUAUAUCGCCGACGUCAACGGGUUUCAACCGCAGUUUGGCGAAGAUCAUGUUAGAUAUAAUGACAGAAGAAUAAUAUAGUUUUAUGUAUUUAGAAGAGGCAAAUAAAGUGUGUUUAUUUUGAA